CGUCUGUCUGUGCAGCUGUAACCUUACCGAGCUGGAAAUGACAGUGUAGGAAGCUGACCUGCGACACUCUGGAGGGGUGACCCACACUUGAUUGUUGCUCAAUAACACUAACAUUGGCCAUGGCACAAGUUACAGCCGCAGUAAAAGCGAGUGACACUGUGACACCAUUAUAGUCUCGAGGUUCAGUUAAGGUGAGAGCCUCGCUUCCAGACGACAUUAACCUCCCAGUUUACCUGUAAGAAAGUGGACAUUAUCUGCAACAAGCUCGGGGAAAACGCCAUUAGAUAUCGUUGCUCGCUCGCUCGCUCGCAGCUGCAGCCUCGCCGGUGCUUACGUGCGAGUGUUGGUUGGCAAAACAUUUGUCUCUACAUAUUUGAGAUAACUAUCUAGCAGUGUAGCCAGGCAACAAAAAAGCAGACCAACGACAAUGUGCUCGGUUAUUAGCAGGGUGAGACCUAUUCAGCGGGCUCUGGCUCUCACGCUCCGCUUCAGAACAAACACCGAGGACUCGAGUUGCGGAGCGGCCGAGACCAGGCGCUUCUAUCACGGCUUAAGUAUCGGCGUUGACCCUCUACGAGCUACCACCGACAGAAGGUAUUGCUCCAGGAUGGCGCGGACCGAUGGACUGCUCUUCAGGCAGCUAUUUGAGUCAGAGAGCAGCACCUACACCUACCUGCUAGCAGACACGGAGACAGAGGAGGCCGUCCUCAUUGAUCCAGUACUGGAGACCAUCGACAGGGACCUGAAGCUCAUACAUGAACUGGGGCUCAAUCUAAAAGUGGCAGUAAACACCCACUGCCAUGCGGACCACAUCACAAGCACUGGACUGAUGAAGAAAAGACUGGUUGGCCUGAAGAGUGCUAUCUCCAAGCACAGUGGUGCCUCUGCAGAUAUACACCUGUCAGAGGGAGACAAGAUCACCUUUGGAAAACAUCAUCUAUCGGUGAGAAACACACCUGGACACACUGAUGGCUGUCUGACGCUGGUGUUGGCGGAUCAGAGCAUGGCUUUCACUGGGGACGCUCUGCUCAUCAGAGGCUGUGGCAGGACUGACUUUCAGCAGGGCUGCGCUAAGAGACUCUACGAGUCAAUCCAUCAGAAGAUCUUCACCCUGCCUGACCAGUGCCUCAUCUACCCAGCACACGACUACUUAGGUCAGACAGUGUCUACAGUCGGUGAGGAACGCAAGUUCAACCCACGCUUGACCAAGAGCCUGGAGGAGUUUGUGAAAAUCAUGAAUAACCUGAAUCUCCCCAAGCCUUCGAAAAUAGAUAUUUCAGUGCCUGCUAAUCUGGUUUGCGGAUUGCAUGAAGUUUGAAUGUCCUGCAAAAGGGAGGAAUCGAAUCAAAUCAUCCACAUCAUAGCAAAGUGAUUAACAUUUACCUAUGUAUUUAGCAGGAUUAGCCCAAAACUGUCGACCAUUAAGUGCUUUAAUGCAUGUAUGUGUGUAAAUUUACAGAUGUAUAUUUGAACAGUUUUUGUUAUUUGCAGUACAGCUAUUGACAUUAUUGUGAUCAUGCUUAAGAUAACAAUGCUGUAAUCUGUAUUUUAACUUUAAGAAAUGAGUGCUAAAAAUCUGUAGAUGAGGACAAACCACUAAUCCAGUCUUUUUUGUAUUUUGAUUUAAAAGUAAAUGUGAGCAUUCUUUACUCUUUA